AUCCCCAGGUCAUUAAGUUAAUUUUGAUAACUGGUUAGCUGACAUACACUCACUGCCCGCCCAUUUUCCCCUCUCACAGCAUCCACAAGUACAUCUCGAUCACUAAGCCCUUCUCGAGAUCGGUGACGCCCAGGAAAAUCGUCCUUAUGAUCGUCGUCGCUUGGGCGUGGACCAUUUUCUUCAACCUGACGCCCACGCCCAUCAUCGGUCUCACGGAAACAGGCUUCAAGACAGGAGCAUCCCAGUGUGGUCCUCCUCCUCCGAAGAAGGGCCUGCAGUACAUUCAUGCCGGCCUCAACACUACUGUCAACCUGGUUAUCCCCCUUGUGGUAAUGAGCUACUGCUACUACAAGAUAUUUAAGGAAGUCAAGGAUCACCUUAGUAGGAUGCAAGAAUUUACUGAUGUGAAUGUGCGCAACUCCCUCAUCCAGCAGAAGCAGAUUACUGAGACACUGUGCAUUGUUUUAUCAGUGUUUGUGCUGUUCUGGUUGCCAUACAUUGUGUACUCACUCUCUUUAGUCUUUUUGGGACAAGAUAGAGUACCAAGGAUAUUUAAUCCAAUUGCUUACUUAUUUGGCUACAUGAACUCCGCCUGCAAUCCCAUCAUCUACGCUCUUCGCUCUCCUUCGUUUCGCCGAGGAUUUAGUGAGAUUAUUUGUUGGAGAUCUCGAUACAUCCCAGCUAAUAGUCUAAGCAGCGGCUCCACCUUCCGGACUCGAUUGACACAGAGAAGUACUGUUAUGGUUGACGCUAGGGCCUCCAGAACUGCUCCUUCUCGGCAGGUCGGGGGAAUGAUGGUUUCCUUCCGGCGCUCACUUUGGAACAUGGAAAGGAAAAGUGAAAGGAACUUGGCCAGGAAAAGUGGACAAGGUUUUGGUAGACAGACACAUAGUCACCACCACAGUGCUAAAAAAGUUGAUGUGACUGUAUUGCCGAAACCAGUAAAUGAGGCUAAUCCUCCUGCCCUCAUAGACCACAAGAAACAGGGUGAGGUGCUUGGGUAUGAAAAUGAGGUCCUCAAUUCUGAUGGGUCAAGUGUAAAUGUGAUUAAGAGUGAAAUAGAAGAAACAAACAGUUGUACUGUUGUGAAAGAGGUUAAUUAUGAUGAAAUUUCUCUUUCUAGCAUCGAAGGAAAAGUGAUAGGUGGAAAUAUUCAUGAGGCUUCAAGUUUGAAGGAACUGAAACAUGAAUCUGGUCUUGAAAUGGGACUUGGGGAUUCAGAUUUUGAAAAAAUAAACAAAGAAAAUGCAGUCACAGAUUCAUCAAAAGGAAUAUCUGAGGUAAGCAAAAGCUGUGAAGGGAUUGAUUCACAUGAUAUUCAGUCAGAUAUGGUGAAUGAGAGGAAAAGGCAUGAGAGUACAUCCCUUACUGAUAGUGAUGUAGAAAGGAGGAAAAUUAUGACUUCUUCACAAGACAAUGUUACGUCUUUCUUGCGAAAUAACCUUGACACUCACAUUGACGGCAGGAGGAUCAGUAACAGUCACCGAGAGAUAAUUGUGACCACAGAUAGCAGAAUGACAAGUCAGGUACGGUCCAUCUCGGCUGGCGAUGUGAGACUUCCAAGCUCAUCCCCAGUACUGAAGAGGGAGAACAUACCACCACCUCUGAAGCUGCCAGUGGACAAAGUGAAAAGGACUCUCAUGUGGCAAGCAAGUGUUGAUGAACUGUGUGGCUCACCGCUCUUGUCUCGCCGGAGAAUAUUCCACAUCAGGAGGGCCAUGGAUGCUCCAAGACCUUCCUGCCAAACUGUGAGAGCAAGGACAAGUAGUGAGACACGGAGCAAAAAGUGGAGUGUUGGCAGUUCGGGAAGCAACAAACUGGGAGUUGCAGCUUUAAUCUCCAGUGUUAAGAAGUCCCUAACUGAUCUUUUCAAUAUAUGGAUGAAAACUGAGGACAAUUGCGAAAGAAAUGUUGAAAGGGGAGACGAGGAAGGAGACAAAGAAGAGACAGAGGAUGGUAACCGUUAUGAAGAAGAUUAG